AUGUCAGAUAUCCAGCAGUACCUGUUGGACUAUGACCGAAAUAAGAAGGAGGCCACUGCCACGGCGCAGCGCAGUGCGAACCAACUGCAAAGUGGCCAAUUGAAGCUUCUGAGCCUCAUUGGGACUCUUGGGGAGUACUUCAAUAGCGAAGAUGGCGCCAUACGGUCGAAGACGAUUUCCUACCUGGCCGAAGUGCUAGCUGCGAUCCCCCAUAAAGUACUCUCUCUCCAGCAGCGCAAUCUGCUCACCGACUUCGUACUAUCGCGAACAGAAGACAGCGAGGGCUUGAGCUCAUGUGCAAAAGCGUUGCUGGCACUGGAAGAGCUGGGCAAAUGGGAUGACGGCCGAGUGGUGGCUAUUGUGGAAGCUCUGCUCCGCACCACGCACCCUCUACGCCAGUACAAACUGCAGACCGAACGAUACCCCGUGCUUCAACUCAUCGACAUACUGAUGGCUAAGUACCGGGAACCUCUGCAACAACACCACACAGAGUCAGGCGACUUUUUGCCUCGGUUCAUAUCGUACUUCGAUGGUGAAAAAGACCCGCGCAACCUUAUGGUUGUCUUUUCGAUCUUGCGGGUCCCCAUGACGGAGUGGCCCAUCGGUGCAGAUGCUCAGGAGCUUUUUGAUGCAGUCUUCAACUACUUCCCAAUCACAUUCCGACCGCCGCCAGACGACCCAUACGGUAUCACCGCGCAAGAUCUCAAGGACCGCCUGCGGGACUGCAUAUCUUCGACCCCAGAUUUUGCGCCGUACGCUUUCCCGGCUUUGCUUGAUAAGCUCGACUCGACGUCUAUGAACACAAAGCGCGAUGUACUACAGGCCAUCACUGCAUCGGUUCAAGAAUAUGGUCCUCGAACAAUAUCGCUGUACUCGAUCACACUCUGGGAUGCCCUGAAGUUUGAGAUCCUGAAUGUUCAAGAGGAGGACCUGGCCGAAGAAGCUUUGAACGGCCUUGCUGCGAUUGCACAAACCCUGUCGCAGGGAGCCGGUGGACCACUCAUCGCCUACUUACGGCCCAUCAUCAAAGAAUGCAAUGAGCACCUUGAGGAUGCACCGACGAAACAAUCACAGGCAUCUGCACGGAUAUUACACAAUAUCUCACAAGUGUCUCCUGAAGUUAAUAACAUUCUACUGGCGGGCGUGUUACCUACUCUGUUCUUGCUCUUCCAGAACGCAGACACGAUGGCGAAAAGGAGAGGCUUGUUAGAGGUGCUGAUCCAGCUCAUCAAGGCCAAUGUUGCCAUCUAUGGCGACUGGCGCGUGCCGGGGCCCGCCGGAGAUCAAGUAGCGACCAAUGCCUUGAAGGGGUUCAGGGACCAAAUGUUGGAGGUUCUCCUUAACGGCCUGGAGUCGGCACCAGCUAAAGAGGUCUCGUUCAGGCUGGUCUGUCUAGACGGACUCCUUCAGCUCUCGAAAGCACGACAACUAUUGGGUGACGAAGACCUUGGCAGGGCGAUACAAAUAUUGCAAAACGUUGUCAUCCACGAGGAGUCCUACGGCAAGGACGAAGUCAAAGAAGCUGCCGUGAGCGGUAUCGUGGAUUUCGCGCAUCAAAAGCCCCAGAUUGUUGUCGAUAAAGCCUUCCCUGCCUUCUUGGCGCAGCUGCCGGAUAGCGACGCCGACGGCACCAAGAGCUACUCAUCCGUACUGGAGGCCUUUGCAAAGCUCGCAAGCGAAGAGAAGGUCUUUGACACGGUUCUUAUCAGGCUCAAGAACAAGUUUGGCACAGCAGUAAAACAGGGUGCGUCUUCGACUUACCUUGUCGCACUACUAUCAGCAAUUCUCUAUGCCCUCAACCAAGGUGAGGCGAAGCUCUCGCAAAGCCCUGGAACCUCCACAUACUACAACGAUAUCGCAUUUCCUUUGCUUCAACAAGCAUCCAGUUCCGAGUCGUCGCACCCAACCGUAUUCAACGAUGAAAGCACAUUGGAUUUGGUUGGGCGGAUAUGCGGCAUCAUCAUCAAGUCGCAAACAGCAGAGUCGCAAAAUGCGAUCGGACAAGAACUGUACACCCUCUUCCGUGGGACACCGCAAUCACAGUUGCCGCCCUUUAACUUCAGCGGCGCAUUAGAAAUGGACAAGACCAUGAUCAUUAGCACCCAUCUCUUGGCAUCGUUCAGGAAGGAAACUGCUCUUCCCUGUGAACUGCAACUCCUCAUCACAUCACUAGCCGAGUACGCACAACAACCGCACCUGACGGUUCCUGUCCGAUCAGCCUCCCUGCGCCAGCUAUCCUUGAUUAUCAACAAGUACUACUCAGCAUCUGGCCUCAGGACAUGCAUGGAUCCUCUAGUAUCCAAGUUCGACCUCUUCAGCAGUGAAAAAUUAGACAUCCAGCGCAUACGCGUGAUCUUCGCCUGCUUGAAGGGCAUUGUCCCGCGAAGCAGCCCUGCGCUUAACACACUAUACCCCACAGUGCUCUCACUACUAUCACAUCCACAGCAUGGCAGCACAGUCGCACACGGUUUCACAACAUUACUGCAGCCCGACGACCUGUUGACGAAGCAAAACCACUGCCAGAUGUCGGGCUUGCACAAGCAAAAGAGCUUCGCUCUCCUGGUGCCCAAUAUCACCCAAUCCUUCCGCGAGGCGUCAUCGGAGACAAAGCCAAACUACCUCAUCGCUCUCAGCGGCGUGCUGAGAUGGAUGCCAUUCGAUAUCGUCGUCGAAGAAGUCAAGCAGCUAGUCACUCUGCUGCUGCAGUCACUUGAUCUCAAGGGCAUCGACAUGGUCAAAGAAGCGACAAUCAGCACACUAACCUCAACGCUGGCUGAGAAGCCGAAGACGCUUGAAGAGCACAGCGGCAGCCUCAUCUCUCGUCUUCUUGCCAACGCCACGGUCAACAACGGCUCGCCUCCGCCAGCCAAUGUGCGAGUUGCUGCACUGAAGUGUCUGACGCUGGUGCCGGAGAAGUUUGCACAGGAAACCGUGCUGCCGUACCGGAGACAGGUGGUCAAGAAGCUGACAGCCGCGCUGGACGACAAGAAGAGAGAGGUCAGGAGUGCGGCAGUCAGGUGUCGUGCGAAGUGGUUGGAGAUCGAUGAGGCGGGCGAUGAUGAUUAG